AUGAUGCAGGGAGUAGCAGCUAGGUAUCAUCACAAAGGCAAAAGAAGAGAGCACCUCAAGGCAACACAUCAACUCAAAGAGUUACAAGACAAUCAAGGCAGAAACAAGCAUCAUCUUCUACACAAUCAAGGGAAAACAACCAAUAAUAUAUCAAAGGCUAAAAAAAGGACCAAUCAUCACCAAGCAUCUUCUCAGUCUACCCAAGGUCCUCAACCAUCUCACCAACCAGCUCAACCAUCUCAAGCUUCUCGGUUUGAAGAAGCGUCUCAGUUUGAACAAGCAUCUUAA